CGUGCGCGUCCUUACCGGAAGUGCGGCGCAGCGCGGCAUGGAGGCAGCAGCGGCUGAGCAGCAACAGCAGCUCCGCAGCCUGCGGGACUUCCUGUUGGUGUACAACCGCAUGACCGAGCUCUGCUUCCGCCGCUGUGUCUCCGAUCUCGGUUACCGGCUGCUGUCGCGGCGUGAGGAGCGAUGCCUGGACGGCUGCGCCGGGAAACUGAUCCGUGCCAACCACCGCCUGAUGAGCGCCUACGUGGCCCUCAUGCCCAGCAUCGUGCAGCGCCGCGCCGCCCGCCUGGAGGACGGCACAGAGCGGACGGCACCGGACGGAGCCGAAACGCCCGCGGCCCGCGCGGCUCCUGACAGCUCUCCCGCGGGGCCCUCGGGCACGUAGCGGAGCCGCGGGUCCGGUGUGCCUCCGUGGCUGUGAGGUGGGUGCGGAACGGCCCGGGCCCGGCACGGCUGCCAGCGGCACGGCGGGCCCCCUAAUGGCAGCCUCGGUGUGGAGCGGCAGAACUGCUGAGCACCGCGGCCGGACCUCGCAGAGCCCGGUUCUCCUCUGCGUCUGCACCGGCAGCCAGGCCUGCCCACCCCGGUGGCCUCAGCCAGCAGCAGUCUGCCAGCGCUGCGGGUAGAAAGAAAGGAAUCAGUAGCAGCUGCUGCUCUGGCCAGGAGCUCCCGGUUGAAUUCUCUAUUGCUCCAGCGCCGGGCUCUCACUCUCCAGAACUGAGCCUUUUGUAUCUGUAGGACAUCAUUUCAUGGGGCUAAUAAAACAUUUCAUGUGUGUUGUGCUGUUA